GACAUGGGGACGCAUUUUAAGAGUGCACCAGCUGUUUCCGGCUGCUCCAGCAGGAGUUCUCUUUUGGGAGUUCUGGGUGUGUUAGCAUGUCGCUGGCCACCAUGGUCCUGUGUUUUUCAGAGCUCCGGCUGAAAGACUCGGGUCUUGCUCACCUCUUCUGCCUCCUGCUGCUCAUCGUCAGCAUCCCACUUCUUAUUUCUACUGGGGAAUCGGCACCUGUGAGCACCCGGGUCCAUUUCAUCACCGCACAAGAGAACUGCACCUCUGGAUGUAAUAACUCUGCCGGACGGAUUUCAACAGCGGAGGAGCCCCCUGAGACCAUUUCCAGUGAUGUCACAAGCACACAACACCAAAGCUCUUCUCCAGGCUUUAAUGCUGCACCUACUAACCAUUCCUCAGUCCUUCCAGAAGCUAACAAAAAUGAAGGAGAACUUCUAGUAGAUUCAAACACCACUUCAGACCUGAACCACACAACAGGGACGACAUCUUCCCUCAGCCCAACUGAAGGGAUGUUUACAACAUCAUCAGCUCUUCAGCAGCAGCUACCAACCGGCCACCAGCCUCCGUCAGCUGCUGCUCUGCCUCGUCCUACCACCAUGGCUUUGCCCACUGCUUUAACUCAUAGUGGACUCAGUAUGAGCCCUUCUCAGUCAGCCACUGUACCACCUGUCACCAGCACACACACAUUCACCACAGCUGGGAUUUCUAUGGUCACAAACUCCCCCCAGUCUGCCAACCCAACAGAAACUGCAUCCACUCACACCACGACAACAGAAGAGCUCCCACACCCGCCAACAACUUUAAAAGCUACCGCUAACACAAAAACGUCCCCGUCUCUGGGUGUCACGUCAGCGCCGAGUACUCCAGCCAUGCAGACCACACCGCUGAACACAGCAACAGUUUUUCUAAGGAACUCUUCCUCUACCAGUCACAAGACGCCUUCGUCUUCAGCAACAAGGGUUUCUAUGGUGGAGGCGGCAGGGGGUGCUCUAACCAGGCAGCUAGUGGACACAGCAUCUUUAGUGGCCGUCCUGCUGUUUGGACUGCUGUUCUUCUUGGUUACGGUGGCUGUGUUUGUCACACAGGCGUACGAGAGCUACAGGAGAAAGGACUACACCCAGGUCGACUACCUGAUCAACGGCAUGUACGUUGACUCUGGGGUGUGAGUCGGACGGGGGCGUGGAGCUUGUUGAACCUGGUACCAGAGACUGUAGAGUGGACGAGAGGGACACACGGGAGGGAUGCACCUGAGGACUCGGAUCACUAAUCUGACCUGUCUCAGUGAACCGUAAGCUGGAACAACACCGGCCUGCUCUAUCAAACCACGGAACUUUCUCCGUCUUUUUUUUUUUUUGGUAGCAAUAACGACAUGCUUCCAAAGCACAAGUCAUUACCUCAGUAUUGUUGUUGUUUGUUUUUACAUCAGGAUGAUGCACAUAGGAGCUGACGUGGUUAGGGUUAUAAAGCUGAUUAGCUGAAUUGGACCGAUGUCUCAGUAUUUAGUAGAGACGACGAUCACCUUGACGACCGUGUCCCUGACUGGUGAAGCAGUAUGCCCCUCUUCAAGUGUACUUACUAAUAAGGAAACUGUCCCCAUGGCAACAAGCCCCACCCAGAGCACUGUGAAAAGAGCAACAUGGCCACCAACGUCUCUCUGCGUCAGCGGCCAUGUCUCCCUCUGCUGUUCCAACCAUUAGCCGUGACUUCAGACCGCUAAACAUUCCUCCACAUCAGUGGUCCGUUAUUAAACCCUGUCCUUCUGGGUUUAGUCUGGUGAAAUGGUCCAUAAUCUCAGAUUAUGAGGAACUAGGUCUGGUUGCUCAUGUUAUAAAGUUAAUCUGGAGCAGGAGGAUGCGGUCCAGGCUGAAGCGUACCAAAAAGCUUUGAACAUGUGUUAUUAAGGUCAUCUACUGACCUUUUCUACCUUUGUUAUUACGGGUUCAGGCUCCUCCUGAUCCGUGGUUCUGCAGGCGGAACGCUGCUGCUCUGCUCGACACCAGAACAACCUUUCAUUUCCACCAAAAUAAUUGGAACCCACCAGUCUUUCAGAAGUCUUCAUGACAAAAACUUUUCAUUCUGCGUUUCCGAACUGGAAAUCUAAACUUCGUUGUUGGAGAAUUGGCUGGUGGAGUUUGUGUACAAGUCCGGUUUUGCUAAACGAGAAACCAUCCAGAUGUUUUCGAUCUCAGCUGAAACAUGACAACCAGGGUCGGUGUUAGCUUAAACGUCUUCCAGAGUGCAGCGCUAGCUUUUGUUUGGGUGAGACCGACUCCAGUGGGAUAAAGUCAGGUUAUUCCCAGGAUGCGAAUGUUUCCGAGUCCAACAUUUCACUGGAAUUCUGCCGUCUUCCACAAACAUUCCAUUUUGCUGAUGACGUUGCAGCAGUGUUCCUGUUUCCUUUUCCACGAGGAAACAAAUUCAUUUCCAUGUUCAUGAACUUAAGUGGAGAUUCCCUGUUUUUACGUUAAUUUUUAGUUUGUGAUGUAUUUUAUGGCGUUUGUGUAAAACACUACGCAUUUCCUGAGUUUUCUCUUAUUUUCCAUAUUUGAAUGAGUUUCCACAAAGACCAAGGAUUGUUUUUGUUUUUAGAACAGAGUCCAGGAGCGUUGGGCGUCCUGAUGCCACAGAGCUCCCAGCGGUGGUGCUCGCCUCAUUCACACUUACGUUUGCUUUCUCGUGAUGUUCCUCCGUUGAGUUCUCGUUGGUUUGAACUCACCCAGCCUUCUGCUGAAGCACAUUCUGUUCUGAUGAAGCCAAAAGGAAACAUAAAGCCAGUAUGAGUGUGGUGGGUGGACUGAAUGCUCAGAGGGUACAAAGUCUUAACUUGUUCUGUUUUUGUGUUUCAGAUUAAUAACGUAUGCAAAAAUAUUGUUUUCAUGUGAAACUGGAAGCAAUGCCUUUCUUAAGCCUUGAUGUCUGUUGUGACUAAAUGUAAACGUCUGGGAUGAUGUGAGCUUGUAGUCACUGGAGCAGUCCACACCUGUUUUCAUGAUUGUGAAAAAACACCGAUGGACUUUAUAGAAGAUGGAUCGGUGUUUACAGGAUGUCAAGGGGACACCUGUCAUGUGCCAACUCAAUAUUGUACUAAUGCACUUUCAAAGUAUUUUUACUUUGCAAAGAAAAUAAUAAAGACCAAGAAUGAA